AUGUCUCCUCCUGAGUCUCCCCCGGCUCAGGCCAACCAGGAUGAGAUCAAGUGCAUGUACAUCGAGAACUGCGACACCGGAUCCCAGCCUCGCAAGGCCAUUUCUCACAUCUUCGGCCGCAACAAGCUCUGCACUCGCAUGAUUCCCGCUCACGUUUGGGUUCACUUCUGUCGCAAGCAUUAUCAGCGCAGUCGUUACCGCAACGCCCACGAGUAUUCGAAGCUUCAGGUUGACCUCGUCCAGAAGCAGAUCGCUCGCGUUCAGCAAUGGAGCGACGAGAACGAGCGCGCCGGCAAGGCUGGAGUCGUCAACAGCUGGUCCUUGGCCAUUCGAAAGCGCGAGCAGAAGCGUUUGGAGGACAAGAAGGAGUCGAAGAAGCGCGCCUACCAAGACGAGUCCGACGACGAGCAGCUCGACGGUGCCAUGCUCAAUGGAACCGCGGUCCCCGAGUGGCUUCUCAGCAAGUGCGGUGCUGGUUACACCACAGUUGCCAUCCAAGAGAUUGUCGCCCAGCUGAAGACCGAGAUCGACGGCGGCGGCCUCAGCCAGAUUCCCGACAUCGAGAUCCUCCCCACGAUCAGCAGCGACGGUCCCGACGAGAAGCCCAAGACCUACCUCAAGCGCAAGACGAGCGGCGGCGCUGCCCACAAGCGCUCGCAAUCGAUGGGAGUUGCCCUGCGCCCCGAAGCACUUCCCAUGGCUAGACGUGUCAGCCAACCCAAUGCUUAUUGGGGCCAAGAAGGUUUCGAUACCUCUCCCUUUGACAAACGCCAACGCAUUACUGACAUGGAACCUGGCUACUUUGGAGACCGCAAUGCCAUGCCUGGCAUGCAGAGAGUCCCGUCCGGCAUGCGCCGCAUGAACAUCCCGCACCGACCCGCCUUCGGCAACAUUCGCGAAGGUCACCCCGAGGAGGACUACUACCGUCAGCCCCAGAUGGGAUCCGGUCCCUUCGUUUUUGGCGCCGGCGGUCCUCAAGGCGGCCCCCUCCCUGCCCCGACUCCUCAGCGUCGCGGCAGCAAGUCGAUGGCAUCCCACCUCGAGACUUCCACGACCAUGCCCACCUACCCCGACCCUCGUCGCGCGUACCAUCAGCGUUCCCAGAGUGAGAUUGGUGGCUUCCACCAGGGCCAGGCUCCCAACUACCGCCCGUCCUCCUCUUCUGGUUACGCUCCCGCCGCCUACCCGUACCCCGGCGCUGUCGAGCAAGACAGCUACGAUGGCACCUACCCUCGUCCCCAUGACAAUCCCUUCGUCCAGGGUGCUCAGCCCAACUACUACGAGGAUCCCCAACGCCAGUACGCCUAUGGUGCCUCUCCCUUCCAGCCCAACCCUGCGUCCCGGCUUGGUCCCGCUGGCGUCAACAGACACACCCGUCACCAGAGCACCCCGAAUGCGCCCCGUGCCAUGCAUCGCGCACCUUCCGCGCACGGCUUCGCAGUCGGCCCGAACAUGACUCCCGACCAGCGCGGCUACGAGCACACUCCUGAGCGCCACUCGUACGCCACGCCGCCCAUGCAGCCCAUGCAAACUAUGCAGCCCAUGCCGGAUGCCACCCGCCACUGA